GCGCGGCAGCGGGGCGGGGCCAGUGGCGGGACGGGGCGGAGCCUCCUGGGAAUGUUUAAAAGCGCGGGAGCCCGCGCUGGCGUUCGUGGAGGAGGGUGGGGUGGUUGUAUUGUGUUCUUCGUGCUGUGUGUGAGGCUGUCACAGCGCUUAGCAAGCGGCCAAAGUCACUGCAAGUGAGGGUUUUUUUUCUCCCUUAGACUGAGGGGGGUAGGGGCAAUGAGGAAGCAGGUCCUGUUUUCUCAGCGAGCCACUGUCUGUGGGGAGACCUGCCCUAUCUCUGGCUGCUGUGGGUUCACACAGCUGAACCCAGCCUGAGUUUUUGGUACAAAUAACUGGUCUGGGUCACCUCAUGCAGCAGCAAUGUGUGGUGUGGUGGGGCUGGCCUUGGCCUGCAGCUGCUGAAGGAGCUUGAGAUUUUUGGCUGCUGCCCACUUUUCAGGCUGGUUGUCUUCAGGUUUUAUUGUCCCAUCAUCUCUCACCACAGGAAGAGGGCAGUGGCAGAACUUGUGAUGGCUGGAUAUUGAUGCCUGCUGAGAAAUACGGAGCUUUGGAUUGAAAAGGAUAUUUUUUUCUUCUUACCUUUGUUCAGAAAAUGAUCUGCAAGAUUAUUUUCUAGACUUUGGAUUCUCUCCAGUUAGCUCAUUACCUUUCCUGAAGAGCAUUGCCCAAACCAAACAAGACUUGAGCAGAAGCUUUACCACAGCCAGCUGGAGGGACAGGACUCCUCAACUGCUGUCAGAUGAAUUUCCUCCCGAGAUUCACUUCCCCACUCUGUGUUAUCAAAAGUACUUGUUCUCAACUUUGCUGCUGAUGUCCAUAUGAUUUGGUGUGGCUAUCCUCGUAAACUGAAAAAUAUGUCCAUCCGAGGCCUGAAGAAGAAACAACCAAAGACGUUUAAAGUCAAAAUUAUAACAGUGGAUGCUGAGAUGGAGUUCAGCUGUGAGAUGAAGUGGAAGGGAAAGGACUUGUUUGACCUGGUGUGCCGAGCACUUGGUUUAAGGGAGACGUGGUUCUUCGGCUUGCAGUACACAAUGAAAGGAAUAUGCACCUGGUUAAAGAUGGACAAAAAGGUUCUAGAUCAAGAAAUCCCCAAAGAAGAUCCCAUUAGCUUUCAUUUUUUGGCUAAAUUCUACCCAGAGAAGGUAGAAGAGGAACUAUUACAGGAAAUUACCCAGCAUUUAUUCUUCCUUCAGGUCAAGAAACAAAUACUGGAUGAGGAAAUCUAUUGUUCUCCAGAAGCAACAGUUUUACUGGCUUCUUAUGCUGUUCAGGCCAAGUAUGGUGACUACGACCCAAAUUUUCAUGAACCAGGCUUUCUAGCCCAUGAUGAGCUUUUACCCAAAAGGGUCCUCAGGCAGUAUCAGCUGACAGCAGAGAUGUGGGAAGAAAAGAUUACUGCUUGGUAUGCUGAGCACAGGGGUAUCGCCAGGGAUGAAGCUGAGAUGAACUACCUGAAAAUUGCCCAAGACUUGGAAAUGUAUGGUGUCAAUUAUUUUCCAAUUGCUCAAAAUAAAAACCAUACUGAUCUCCUACUUGGAGUGGAUGCCAAAGGGAUUCAUAUCUACAGCAUUAAUAACAGGUUUUCUCCAAAUAAGUCGUUUGAGUGGAGUGCUAUCAGAAACAUUUCCUAUAGUGAGAAAGAGUUAACUAUUAAACCCCUUGACAAAAAGGCAGAAGUCUUCAAGUUCUUUUCCUCUCAACUCAAAGUGAACAAAUUGAUUUUGCAGUUGUGCAUUGGAAACCAUGACCUGUUUAUGAGGAGAAGAAAAGUAGACUCAAUAGAGAUCCAGCAAAUGAAAGCACAAGCCAGGGAAGAAAAAGCUAGAAAAAAGAUGGAGAAUCAAAGGUUGGCCAGGGAGAAGCAGCUCCGAGAAGAAGCCGAGCGAGCCAAAGAAGAGCUGGAAAGGCGUCUUUUCCAGCUGGAAGAUGAAGCCAGGCAGGCCAAUGAGGCCCUGCUCCGAUCCCAGGAAGCAGCAGAGUUACUGGCUGAGAAAGCUCAAAUUGCAGAGGAAGAAGCAAAAUUGCUGGCUCAGAAUGCUGCAGAAGCUGAGCAAGAGCGACAGAGGCUGGAGAUCACAGCUCUGAAAACCAAGGAGGAGAAACGCCUGAUGGAGCAAAAGAUGCGGGAGGCAGAGCUGAUAGCAGUGAAGCUGGUGAAGGAGUCAGACCGGAGAGCCAAGGAAGCAGAGCAUCUGAAACAAGAUCUGCAUGAAGCCCGAGAGGCUGAACGGAAAGCAAAGCAGAAACUCUUAGACAUAACCAAGCUUAAUUAUCCUCACAUGGUCAAGUACCCACAGUCCUUGCCAACUGACAGAGAUGCCAACUUUGACAAAGGAUCCAUAAAGCUGGAUUUGAAGGACAUUGACCUCAAGAGACUAUCCUUUGAGAUAGAGAGAGAAAGGCUAGACUACUUAGAAAAGAGUAAAAAAUUUGAAGAUCGACUGAAAGAACUGAAGUCUGAAAUUCUUGCUUUGAAACUAGAAGAAAAACAGUCUGGGCUUUACUCUCAUUGGAAUGAAGUACUGGGAUCCUUGGAUCGCUCCAUAGGAAAUACCCCAUCAUGGAUGAAAACCUUUGAAACUGGAGAUUCAUUGGAUAUAAACCUUCAAAGACCUUUCCCUGCUUACUCAUUAAAUACUACAAGCAGCUGGCCUUGUACCAACAAAAUUCAACACACAGUGCCAGUGGUGAAGUCAUCUUUUGAAGCAAAUUCCUUGGUUGCUAACAGUGUGGGCACAGGAACCAGAAAGCAGAUCAUAAAGGUUCAGCAGCAUGACUCGGAUGUGAUCUACAUUUGAAGCCGCUCAUUUCCUUACCAGACUGGUAGAACCUGGGGGUUAUCUUUUUUUGGCUGCUGCAAAAUGCACCUACAUAAGGAUGCUCACGCAGCUCUGUCUGCUUACAGACAUCAGCAUAAGAGAUAGUACUGUGGUUAGAGCGGUGCCCUUCAGGUUCCAGGCAGGUAACCUAUGCUGAGAGUACUAAAACCACCAGAAUAAAAUGGUUGAUGUCUUUGGGUACAAUGGUAAAUGUACAAACCCAGAGGGUCUUGUUUACUACUUAUGCACUUUUGAAGAAACACUUUUUAUACCUUGCUAAACCUUCUUCCCCUAGGUGUUUUUACACACUGACUUACUAUGGUACUUGACUUCUGUAGAAAAGAUGAUAGCUAUCAAGUAUCCAGGAGAUGUUUGGGAUGAGGAAAAAAAUGUACACGAGCUUGGUGGUUACCUACACAAUAGACCACAUCUUUGGGCUGGUCCAUGAGAUGUGCCUCUCACAGAGCUGCUCAACAUUUUAGUGUUUGCCUGCCAAAUAUUUUCUUUUUCCUGCCCAAAUGUUUCUUGGUUUGCUUAAUUGAUUUGCAUUUCUCUGUGAGAAAUCUCAGCUUUUAAUUCCAGAUGUAAAAGUGAACAUCUUCAAUAGCUCUCAUUCCUAGGGGAAUCCUUUGUUUGGAAUGCAGGGCUUCUGUUCUCUUCCGGUUUCUUUACUAGAUCAAGCACUUUGUUGCUUUUGCUGCUCUGGCAAACUUGGCAUACAUUAACUUGUUCCCCAGUUUUGUGUAACACAGCUGCCAAACUAGACAAAGACAAAAGAUGCUAUUGGUGUCUGAUAAAGUUGGACUUGCUUCUUAUGGAGAGGUGCAUGCAGCAAAAUGUCUGCCUCGUUAGUAAAACAUACUUUCAUUUUCUGGUUCUGCUUGUGUUUAAGUGUCUGUUUCACUGUAAAUCUUCAGUCUGAGAACUUCUGGGGAAGCUGACAAUAUGCAGCUGUAGCUGUAGUAGUAGCACAGUUGAACAUGUGAUGUAAAAAAUGAAUGUUAAUGUUGUUAAGUAUCUUGUUCUAAAAGCUAAGAUUAAAAACUACAUGCAAUAAAAAGCUUCAAUUUCCA